AUGUGCAGUUUGUUGUGGCUUACUGCCUGUUUUCUGGCUCUGUGGCUGCCCUUCGCCCUGAGCGAAGCCAAUGCCACACAUGUGAGUAACCACCAGACGGAGACGGAGACAAAGACAAAGACCGGGUCGGAGCCAGUGCCUACGGCAGAGAAACUGAUCCGAUAUAGACGCCAGCCGCCCUACAGCGUGAUCAAGGGCCCGAGCAAGCGAUCCAAGCUGCGACGCCGCACCAAGGGCCCCCCACCUUCGAAGCUGAAGUACGGGCCACCAGUGCCGCCGCCUUCCGGGCACUACCGACACGGAUACCGCCACAAGCCAUCGUUCCCGUCGUCGCACAUAGAGGAGCCGAGCUUCUCCAUCGAUGAUUUCCAGCACCUGAAGUUCGAUGGCGGCGACUUCAAGAUACCCACCUCUAGCUACGAGGCCCAGUCCAUGGACCUGGACUUUUACAGCCAUGAUCCGGAGCCGGAGCCAGAGCCAGAUCUAUAUGGGGCCCACAAGUUCCCCAGCCUCGAUUUUAGUCUGGAUUCACCGCAUAUCUCCUCUGGGUCCGCCUACGAUCACGUGCCCCACCAGAAGUACGGCGUUCCACCACUGCACCAGAGCUACCAGCCAGUCGAUCAUUCCUUCGCCUCCCACUACGAGCCACCACCUCCCGCGCCGCCCUCCACCCGCUAUGGCGUACCCACAGCUCCGGUACCGGUGCCAGUCCACCUGCCACCCAGCUUCACGCAUGCCAAGCAUCCCCCCGCACACGCUCCCGCGCCCGCUCCCGCUCCCGACUCCUACUCCAUCUACGAGCAGAAGAUCCCCAACGUUGGCUACCACCAGCACUUUGCCGAGCCACCGAAACCGAAGCCGAAACAGAAGCCACAGCCGCAGCCACAGCAUCCGCCUGUCCACAGUUCCAACUUUGAGAUUGCCUACUCGCCGCCGGCCUUCGAGAUCAGCACCUCCUACCAGUCCAACCAGCACGAGAGCUACAUUCCGUCCCACCAAUCGAACGAGGGAAGCUUUGCCGAGCCUCCUGUGCCGCAGCAUCCUCCCACGAAUUACGCGCAGCCCCCCGAGCAUCCCUCCUCCGGCUAUGUAGAUCCUCCAGAGCAUCCUUCCUCCGACUAUGCAGAGCAUCCCCCCUCUGGCUAUUUAGAACAUCCCUCCUCCGGCUAUGUAGAGCCUCCACAGCAUCCUUCCCCCAACUAUGCGCAACAUCCUUCCAACAGCUACAGCCAGCCGCCACAGCAUCCUCCCUCCUCCGAUUAUGCCCAGCCGCCACAACAUCCUCCCUCCUCCGAUUAUGCACAGCCGCCACAGCAUCCUCCCUCCUCCGAUUAUGCACAGCCGCCACAGCAUCCUCCCUCCUCCGAUUAUGCACAGCCGCCACAACAUCCUCCCUCCUUCGAUUACCCUUCGAACAACUACGCCCAGCCUGAACCACAACCCAACCAUCCCAGCCAGAGCUAUCCGCAGGAGGACUACUCGCCGCCCUCGCAGGAGCUGCCACUGAAUCCGCACCACAAGUUUCCCAGCUUCGAUUUCCCAAAGUCCAGCUACGAGGUUCCCAUCUACGAUCCCAUACCCUUCGAGGCCUCCACCAAGGAGGAGCAGCAGGAGUCCUAUCCGCCCAUACUCUCAGACCACUCGCCCGUACCCGUGCCCAACGACAUUGCAGAGGAUGAUACUCAUGCGGCGGGCUCCACCAAGAGCUCGACCAAGCGACGGAAGCGCAAGCGAGUGCCCAACAAGCACACCCUGGAUGUACCCGAGCUGCAGCAGGCCUACGAUGCGGAUAGCCAUUUGAGAGGAGGAGCGCAAGCGGAUGCAGAUGCCCACGGAUCCCACUAUGUGGAGCGGAAGCAGACGUUUGUCAACUUUGUGACGCCCACGACAUCCACAACGACCACGCCAUCUCCGUGGAGUCCGAUGGUGCGCUUGCGUACCACUUCCAGCACGGCCUUCAUUCCCACGAUAGUGACCAGCACACCUUCGACUCGCACCACCACGCACACACGCGGCAGGAAUCGCGGCUCCUCACGCUAUCGCUCCGCGCAGACUGUCGCGUCCAGUCAGAGUCCCGAGCCGAUCUCCACCAGCGUUAGCAUUGAGAAGUCGCGUUCGAAGAGCUACUACGAUGGCACCAUUGCACCGCCCAUCCAACAACAGUUCUCCACUUACGGCGGUCGUGGCACACGACCAACCAGGCCCGCCUCCUAUGCGGCCCUGCAGCCGGCUGCAUCCAACAAGCGAACAACCAAAGGCGUCUUUGACACGACGCUCUUCAAGAGCCCGCACAGCGACAGGGAGAUGGAAAGGAACCGGAACAUCCAUGUGCUCCGCCAGAACUUGCCAAAAAACCACAAACUAUACUAAACUAUACUAAGCGAAAU